AUGGCGGAGCUAACGAAAGAAACAUCCCUCCCCAAGGAGAGAAGCUCCCCGCAAGCUCUCAUCCUUGGCCGCUACGAGAUGGGCAAGCUCCUCGGCCACGGGACCUUCGCCAAGGUCUACCUCGCCCGCAACGUCAAAACAAACGAGAGCGUCGCCAUCAAAGUCAUCGACAAGGAGAAGAUCCUCAAAGGCGGCCUCAUCGCCCACAUCAAGCGCGAGAUCUCCAUCCUCCGCCGCGUCCGCCACCCCAACAUCGUCCAGCUCUUCGAGGUCAUGGCCACCAAGUCCAAGAUCUACUUCGUCAUGGAGUACGUCCGCGGCGGCGAGCUCUUCAACAAAGUCGCCAAAGGGCGCCUCAAGGAGGAUGUCGCCCGCAAGUACUUCCAGCAGCUGAUCUCCGCCGUCACGUUCUGCCACGCCCGCGGCGUCUACCACCGCGACAUCAAGCCGGAGAAUCUCCUCCUCGACGAGAACGGGAACCUCAAAGUCUCCGACUUUGGCCUCAGCGCUGUCUCCGAUCAGAUUCGCCAGGACGGGCUUUUCCACACGUUCUGUGGGACCCCUGCUUACGUGGCGCCAGAGGUUUUGGCUAGGAAGGGGUACGACGCGGGUAAAGUUGAUAUCUGGUCUUGUGGUGUUGUGUUGUUUGUUUUGAUGGCUGGUUACCUCCCUUUUCACGACCGUAACGUUAUGGCUAUGUACAAGAAGAUUUACAAAGGAGAGUUUAGGUGUCCGAGGUGGUUCUCUCCCGAGCUCACGAGGUUGUGUUCUCGCCUCCUCGAGACGAAUCCGGAGAAACGGUUUACGUUCCCUCAGAUUAUGGAGAACUCUUGGUUCAAGAAAGGGUUUAAGCAUGUUAAGUUCUACGUGGAAGAUGAUAAGCUUUGUAACGUUGUUGAUGAUGACGAUGAGUUGGAGACUGGUUCCGUUGAGUCUGAUCGGUCUUCUACCGUUUCUGAAUCGGACGUUGAGUUUUUCAAGCCCGCGAGGAGAGUUGGGGGGUUGCCUAGGCCUGCGAGUUUGAAUGCUUUUGAUAUUAUAUCGUUCUCGCAAGGGUUUGAUUUGUCUGGUCUGUUUGAUGAUGAUGGGGAAGGGUCUAGGUUUGUCUCGGGAGCUCCGGUUUCGAAGAUUAUAUCGAAGCUGGAAGAGAUUGCUAAAGUUGUGAGCUUUACCGUGAGGAAGAAGGAUUGUAGAGUGAGUCUUGAAGGGUCGAGACAAGGAGUGAAAGGUCCUUUGACUAUUGCUGCGGAGAUAUUCGAGCUGACGCCGUCUUUGGUUGUUGUGGAAGUUAAGAAGAAAGGAGGGGAUAGAACUGAGUAUGAAGAGUUUUGUAACAAGGAGUUGAAACCGAAGUUGCAGACCUUGACGGCUGAUGAAGUAGAUGAUCCUGUGGCGGUGUCAGCGGUGGUUGAUGAAACCGCGUCUGGAGUGGCGAAUUCUCCGCCGGUUUGUUUCUUGCCUUCUGACACUGAGUAG